UCCGUAGUGACGGGAUUGUUGUGUUGCAAAAAUCCGGGCUUGGAACUGUGGACCUGCGUGUUGCCGGUCUCCCUGGGAGCUUGGAAGCGGCUUCCGAGGGCGGGGGCCGGCGGUGCGGCUGCUGCUGCUGGUAAUCGCGCGGGGGACGAACGGCGGGCGACCGAUUAGGGAGACUCCGCGAUUGACACUCUGUUGGCCUGAAUAGGGGCGUUUGAGAAAGCGCGCUUGGGGGCAUCUCAGCCGCUGGGCUAACAUCGGGAACCCGGGGCGGAUCGAGCCAUGUCGCCGGCGCCAGCUGCACCGCAGGCUCCUGCGUCGCUCUCCCUGUUUGAGCUCAGCGCCGAUGCUCCAGUCCUUCAGGGCCUGAGCCUGGUGAGCCACGUUCCCGCUCCCGGGGAGGCUCAGGCCCAGGCCCUGCGGGAGUCCUGUCCAGGUGCAGAGGAGAGAGUAAGUGCAGAAAGAAAACCUCUGGAUAUUUCAGACAAGUUAUUUUGUUCCACCUGUGACCAGGCCUUCCAGAACCACCAAGAACAGAGGGAGCACUAUAAGCUUGACUGGCAUCGUUUUAACCUAAAGCAGCGUCUCAACAACAAGCCUCACCUCUCUGCGCUGGACUUUGAAAAGCUGACCUCGGCAGGAGAUCUUUCCAGUAUCUCAGGAUCAGAAGACUCAGACUCAGCCAGCGAGGACGAUUUGCAGAUCCUGGAUGAGGAGAGGCCUGAAUUGGAGAUGCCUAGGCGGCCCCCAGGCUCCCAUCCCCAUCGGGUUCUUUUCCAGAAUGCACAGGGCCAGUUUCUUUAUGCAUAUCGCUGUGUUCUGGGUGCUCGGAAGGUAUCCCCAGAAGAACCAGAACUGCUGGUACAGAGCCUGAAGAGUGGAGGCCCCCGGUGCUGUGUGAUGCUCAUGGCUGCAGCCGGGCACUUUGCUGGAGGCAUCUUCCAAGGAAAAGAAGUGGUGACACACAAAACCUUCCACCGCUACACAGUGCGCGCCAAGCGGGGCACAGCCCAGAGUAUUCAGGACGCCCGGGGUGGCACUUGUCGCUCUGCCGGAGCCAGCCUGAGGCGCUACAAUGAAGCCGCGCUCCAUAAGGAUGUUCGUGAGCUGCUGGCAGGGCCAGACUGGGCUAAGGCGCUGGGGGAGGCUGGGACAAUACUGCUUCACGCACCCCGCUCUGGCCAGUCCCUGUUCUUCGGAGGCCAUGGGGCACCCCUGCAACGGGGGGAUCCCCGACUUUGGGAUAUCCCCCUCACUACCCGCAGACCCACCUUCAGGGAGCUGCAGCGUGUGCUCCAGAAGCUGACCACUCUGCACGUUCAUGGAAAAGACCCCCGGGGGACAGUAAGGUUGGACUCAUCUCAGACUCCCUGGAAGACUGCGAGAGAGAGGAAGAAGGCCAUCAAGGAAGAAAGGAAAGUUGUCAGUGAUGAAAACGUGACGCUGGGGCAGAGCGAUGAGCCUCUUCAACAAGGCUCAGGGUUAGAGGGUGAGGAUGGCUCCCCAGUAGAGCUGGAGCUGGUGGAGUUGACACUAGGGACCCUGGAGCUUCGUGAGUUUGAGGUGCUGCCCAAGAGGAAGAGAAGGAAAAAGACCAAGAAGGAGAGAAGCCAAGGCCUGGAGGCUGGGGAACUCAGGACUUCUCCUCAACCAGCUCAGGAAGAUGAGGCCUUCUCACAGUCAGCUCAGGCCCUGGGAGCCCAGCCAGGUGACGCCCAGGCCCUUGGUCAGCCAGAGCUCUGGGAUGUGCUCUUAGCUGCUUGCCGAGCUGGAGAUGUUGAGGUGUUGCAGCCCCAGCUAGCUGCCAGCCCCAUGGACCCCAGAGUUCUGUCUCUGCUCAGCGCCCCCCUAGGAGGCAAGGGAUUCACUCUCCUGCAUGCGGCAGCGGCAGCUGGGCGAGGCUCUGUGGUCCGCCUGCUGCUGGAAGCAGGUGCUGACCCCACAGUGCAGGACUCUCGGGCCCGGCCACCAUAUGUGGUUGCAGCUGACAAACCAACACGUAAUGAGUUCCGCAGGUUCAUGGAGAAGAACCCGGAUGCUCAUGACUACAGCAAGGCUCAGGUGCCAGGGCCACUGACGGCCGAGAUGGAGGCGCGGCAGGCUGCGAGGAAGAAGGAGCAGAAGGCGGCACGGCGGCAGCGGGGGGAACAGCAGCGGAAGCAGCAGGAGCAGGAGCAGCGUGAGCAGGAAGAGCAGCAGCAUUUUGCUGCCCUCAGCGACCGAGAGAAGAGAGCACUGGCUGCAGAGCGCCGCCUGGCUGCCCAGCUGGGAGCCCCUCCCUCGGAGACCCCUGACUCUGCAAUCAGCAAUGCUCGACGCUGCUGGAGUUGUGGGACAUCCCUCCAGGGCCUCAUUCCUUUUCACUACCUCGACUUCUCUUUCUGCUCCACACGCUGCCUCCAAGAACACCGCCGUCGGGCGGCUCAACCGUCUCUCUGACCUGUCACGGCUCCAGCAGGGGGCAGCUCUGACCAGCAGUCACACUGGCCCUGGGUUUCUUCCAUGAAAGCAGAGAUUAGACUGGAAGAGUGGUGGUGGUGGGGAGGGGAAGGACAGUCGGGAACUAGGGCAGAGAUAGGGCCACAGAGCUGUGGAGAGCUGGUACUGUCUCUGGAGCUUUAAUCACAAUAAAGUCUGGCAAGGAAGCUGUACUUGUCCUUAAA